AAGUACUGCUAGCAUGCUAUCUGUCAAACUACCGACACAACUCUGACAUUAAACCUGCUAAAUAAUUUCCCAUCAUUAAUCCGUGUUGGAUCACAAAGGAUAGAGUGUUGCGUUAAUGUAGAUCAAAUUUAGUAAAUGAGAACACAGUUGAACGUCUUAAAAUGCUCAUUGUUAUUAGGUGCGUUUACGCAAUAUCGUAAUUACAAGAUUACAACUUGUAAAAGCGUUCACGUCCUCGUAGAGUUCGUAAUUACAACUUGUGGGCUGAGGGCUUCCUGAGCGCUACGACUAGAACAGCUGCAACCUCACGCAGAAGCACUUUCACUGCCAACGAUAUUAUUUCACGCGGAUUCAAUUUGAUGUUGCCAAAGAAACAUAAUUCCCAGUUCGAGGACGUGAACAGCUUUGAGUUGAAGGUCACGUGUCGUGUCAUCACAAAAUACCGCACGUCCCGGCUCUGAUCUCAGACCUCACUGUGAUUGAAAACUCCUGCCAUCAGUGACCUCCUCAUGUGCAUCAUCUUUUUGAAAUUUGACCCUCGGCCUGCCUCUAAAAAUGCCUACAGGCUUAUUCUGGCUGCUAACAGAGAUGAGUUGUACAACAGGCCAUCCAAGGCUGCAGACUUCUGGGGCAGCAACAAUGAGAUUCUCAGCGGUUUGGACAUGGAAGUAGGAAAGGAAGGUGGCUCGUGGCUGGGAAUUAGCAAGCGAGGAAAACUGGCAGCACUGACGAACUACAUGGAGUGGCGGCAAAAUCCCGAUGCUCAAGGGAGAGGUUUUUUGGUGUCCAACUAUUUGACGGAUAACUUGGACAGUUUUGCUUACCUCCGUAAAGUUUCUUCAGAGGGUCAUUUAUAUAACGGCUUCAAUCUCCUGACUGCUGACUUCAGGGCCAAUGAAGACACGUUGUGUUACUAUGGAAACAAGGGCAGUUCAGAACCCAUUCAUCUCAAAGCAGGAAUCUAUGGGUUGAGUAAUUCACUUCUAGAAACUCCAUGGAGAAAACUGCAGCAUGGCAAACGACUAUUCAGCAGUGUAGUGGGUAAAGCACUGCCUCCUAAUGGCUUAGUGCAAGAACUGCUGCAUAUUCUUAAUAAUGAAGAACUAAACAGCCCAGACUCAGCACAGGAGAGUCAAGGUGUGGGUUACACUAAAGCUAUGCUUCAGGCCUUUUCUGCAGUGUGUGUGCGGACACCAGGAUACGGCACAAGGACCAAUACGGUAAUCCUUAUCGACAGAGAAGGGAACGUGAGCUUCACAGAGCGUACCAUGCUAAACUGUGACAUCACCCAGUGGAGCACCAAUACCUUACACUUCAAACUGCAGGAAUGAGGGCCAGAAAAACCUCACGUUGUGCCUUUGUCCCUAUACUCCUCAAGUUAUGAUGUAGCACUUAUGUUUCUGUGCAUCAUGACUUUGUUGUGACUCUCCUGAAUUAGUGCUAUUAAGAAUUGUUUUAAAUUAUUGCUACGGCUGUGUUUUCAGAGAAAGCAUCAUUUGUAAUUUUCUUGGUAAUUUUUUUUCUUGGUUUCCACUGAGUUGGAUGGGAUUUUGGGUGCAUGAGAUCCUCUCUGCACCUCUAAAUUAUAAAGUAUGAAGAAUGGGAAGCGAUGUUAUUCCUCUCCACGAUUUAUUCACUCAAUCUUUGUUUAUCAGUUGUCAUUAGCUUGGAAUGUUGGAGUAGACUGGGGAACAAAAUGUUUACUGCCAAAGAAUCAUUAUGUCAGUCAGUCGUUUAUAAACAGAACUAAAUAAAUCCACUUGCACAAUA